AUGACCGGCCAGGGCAGCUCGAGGCUGGAUGCAGCCAUGAGUUUACCUGCAGCUCUGAGUGGAUUUGUUGCCGUCCUUCUCUCUGUGUCAGCGGUUCAGGGUCAGCAUGCCUGGGGAGUGGUCUACAAUCAGACACAGAUCUGUGCUGUGAAAGGAUCAACUGUGGGCAUCAGCUGCACAUACUCAUCUCAAAGCAGAGGAGAUGAUCCUGAAGGUCUACAGACUCUGUGGUUCAGUAAAGGUGGUGAAGGUGGUCCUGUGGAUCUGGUGACAGACCCAGACUACAGCGGUCGUGUUCUGUAUCUCUGUGAUCCGGCGGUCUACACUCUGAGAAUCACAGACCUGAGAGAGAGCGACUCGGCUCAGUACAAGUUCAGCUUCAGAACAAAGCAAGGAGGGAGUUCUACUGGUCCACCUGGAGUCACUCUGUCUGUUACAGCUCUCCAAGUUCAGCUGAUGAAAUCAGAGUACAAACAGAAUUAUACCAGAGCAGAGCUGAAAUGUCAAAGCAGCUGUCAGCCUGAUCAUCAGGCCUACAUCUGGAUCAAGAACGGACAUGAACAUCUGAGAGAAACAUCUUCUUCUGUUUCAGUCUCAGUUUAUUCUGCAGACAGAUACUCCUGUGCUCUGAAAGGAUACGAAGAGUUUCCCUCCAUAUCAGUCUAUGCUCCUCAGCUUCCCUCUGCCUCAGUGAGUCCUUCUGGUGAGAUAGUGGAGGGACGUUCAGUGACCCUGACCUGUGGCAGUGAUGCUAACCCAGCAGCUGACUACACCUGGUACAAGGAGGAUGGGCAGAAAACGAGCAGUAAUGAAUCACAGCUGAUCUUCAGCUCCAUCCAGUCCUCUGACUCUGGACGGUUUAUCUGUAAAGCUGAAAACCAGCUGGGUUGGAAGUGGUCUGAAUACAAACACAUUGAUGUAAAAUAUGCUCCUCAGCUUCCCUCUGUCUCAGUGAGUCCUUCUGGUGAGAUAGUGGCGGGAAGUUCGGUGACCCUGACCUGCAGCAGUGAUGCUAACCCUGCAGCUAACUACACCUGGUACAAGCAGGAUGAAGAGUCUCCAAAGGUUUCAGGACAGAACUUCAUCAUCACUGACGUCAGACCUGAACACAGUGGAAAUUAUUCCUGUGAAGCUCAGAACACCAGAGGAAGCCAGAUCUCCACAGUUCAUCUGGUGGUGGUCAGAGGCUUUACAGAGAUCCUGGCUAGUGGAGCGGCAGCUCUCUAUGAUCUAUACCGCCAGAGACGGUGGAGAGGGAAGAGAGCCGGAGUGCUCGUGAAGCUCCGACAGCAGGGGACUACGCUCACCCCUGCCUUCAAUCCACCUGACAAAUGUGCCUUGCCUGACCAACAAGAUGGAGGAACUGCUUCUCCUCGCCUGUAA